UGUGCUUAUUUAACUAAGCAGAUGUAGAUUGUUUCGCUUGUUUGUCCAGGAAGUGUGUGGGGUGUUUUUUAAUAGGCUGUUUGGAUGAUUCCGGAAGACCUUAUUGAGUCCAGUCGCAGGGACCGCAGUCAGUUUCGAGGCUGAUGUGAAAAGACCACCACAAGCAUGACUGAGUGAAAGCCAUCGGCGGAACGACUCUCUCCGUGAUAAACUACGUGUCAAAAGCAGACACCAAACGAACACGGCUUCAUUUUAAAAACACAACUAAAUUAUUUCGCUUAUGGCAAAUCGGGAAAAGAACAAAAAGGAACUUCUAGAGUUGGUGAAGCUGCCAGAGAAUAGUUGCUGUGCUGACUGUGGAGCUCCAGAACCAGACUGGGCUUCAUGUACACUUGGAGUAUUUGUGUGUCUGAACUGUUGUGGAACUCAUCGCAAUCUUCCUUCUGUAAGUCGUAUCAAAUCCAUACGCCUAGACUUCUGGGAUGACGAGGUUGUGCAGUUCAUGAAGGCCAAUGGAAACAGAGCUGCCAAAAACUUCUAUGAGAAAUUUGUCCCUGUCUUUUAUUAUCAGCCCCAUACAGAAGACUGCGAGGUGCUGAGAGAACAAUGGAUUCGAGCCAAAUACGAAAGAAUGGAGUUUACAGAGGAAAAUACAGAAAGACCCUACACAGCAGGUGUCUAUGAAGGCAUGUUAUGGAAGAAAGGAAAGGAUAAUGGACAGUUUCUCGAGAGGAAGUUUGUUCUUUCAGUGCAUGAUUUUACCCUCAAGUACUACAAGGAGGAUGAAUCUAAGGGGCCAAAGGUUGUCAUCUCUGUGAAGGAUCUGAAUGCGACCUUCCAACCUGAGAAGAUAGGACAUGCUCAUGGCCUUCAAAUCACCUACUGUGUGGAUGAUCACACACAAAACCUUUUUAUUUACCAUAAAAGUGGACAGGAAAUUGUAAAUUGGUUUAAUGCCAUUAGAGCUAUUCGCCAUGUCUACCUUAAAACAGCCUUUCCUACAGCAAGUGAUGGAGAUUUACUACCAUGGGUAACCAGAAACUAUCUGAAAGAGGGUUACAUGGAGAAGACUGGUCCUCUGCAACGAGAGCCCUUCAAGAAAAGAUGGUUUAUCUUGGAUUCCCUGAACAGGAAACUGCUCUAUUUUAAAACACAGCUGGAUGCUAUUGAGCUUGGGGUUGUUUUCAUUGGCUCUGAGAAUCAUGGGUAUUCAGUAAGAGAGUGUGUGCCUAAAGGAACGAGAGGCAACAAAUGGAAGUGUGGGGUAAUUGUGGAGACGCCAGAUCGACAGUUCGUCUUUAUGUGUGAGCAAGAACGUGAUCAAAAGGAUUGGGUGGAGGCCCUCAAAAAAGUAAUCUCAAAACCCAUGCUGCCCCAAGAUUAUACCACUGAAGCCAAUAUACGUAGGCGGAGAUGAAGACAAUGACUGGAUGGGACAAUGAGCCCAGAACAAGAUGUGCCAUUGGACACUAUAUUCAUUUUAGAAGAACCCUUAUUUUCUGAUUUCAAAUCUUGGGUUGAACAUUUGAUGACAAACAGUCCCUGAGCAGGACUCUUUGGGUAUUAUCUCUAGCAAUAAGUUAAAAAAAUGUCUCUCCUGGUCAAUUUUAGGAUGUGAAACUGCUUAAAAAACUGACAGAUAAUUUAAGCACUGAAAGGACAUCAGAAAGAUUGUGGCUGGUCUGGAGGGAAUGAAAGAAUUGGUUGAGCUUUAUCUGAAGAGCAAAAAUAUUAAUCUGACUGCUGUGUGAAUAUCUUGGCUGUUGGUACAAUGAAAGAUCCUGAAGCUUUGACAAAAGACCUGAAGUGAUUCAUGGGCCUACAACAUUUUAUGCCCAUAAGAGAGAACUAAAUUAGACUCACAGGUGACUGAAUGCACCAUUCAGGAGCUGACUGAGACAUAACAUAGAAGUGGAAGUGGUCCAUGAUAAUGUCUAAUAAUCACACUAACAAUAUUGUCUCAAUAUGAAGAUGGUGAUGAGUCUUGGAGUUUGUGAAAAGAUGACAUUUGAGCUUUAUUAAACUGACAU